UUUCUGUUCUAACCAUCAAGGCCCAACACUCGUCUCUUUCAAGGAGAAGAUAAGGCGACAGCAGAGUAAGCAAGCGAAAAUGGAAGCGAAGCUAUCCUCUCUAGCCAAGACUCUUACACCCUCUUCCAUCCAACAACUAUCUUACCUUGCUCAAAGGUGCAACGCUGUUAACCUGGCCGAGGGCUUUCCCGAUUUCCCAGCCCCUCCCCACAUCAAAGACGCCGCGGUUUCUGCUAUCCGUGCCGACUUCAAUCAGUACAGUCACGUACAAGGAACUUGCGACUACGUCGCGCGUAAGAUGAAGGAAAUGCAUGGAAUGAACGUUGAUCCACUGACGGAUAUAGUAAUUUGCUGUGGCCAGUCGGAGGCCUUUGCUGCAACAAUGUUCUCAAUAAUUGAUCAAGGGGAUGAGGUUAUACUAUUUGAUCCGUCUUACGAAACAUACGACGCUUGUAUUAGGCUUGCUGGAGGAAUUCCUGUGUAUGUAGGGCUUGAUCCCCCUCAAUGGACAUUGGAUUCAGAUAAACUGGAGAAGUCCUUCACUGAAAAGACGAAAGCGUUAGUGUUGAACAGUCCUCACAAUCCAACUGGGAAAGUUUUCAACAAGGAUGAGCUUGAGAUCAUUGCUGGAGCUUGCCAGAGAAGAGACGUGGUCGCUGUAACAGAUGAAGUUUACGAGCAUAUAACUUUCGAUAAUCAAAACCAUAUUUCACUUGCUUCACUUCCUGGGAUGCAAAGCCGGACUGUCAUCACAUCAUCUUUGUCAAAGACUUUUAGUGUAACUGGAUGGAGAAUUGGCUGGGCAGUUGCCCCCACUUGCAUUGCCUCUGCAGUCAGAAACAUUCAUAUCAGAAUGACAGAUUGUGCUCCCGCACCUUUUCAGGAAGCCGCUCUGGCUGCCUUAAGAAGCCCUCCUGCAUACUUUGAGCGUUUGAGAAGAGAUUAUGAAUCAAAAAGAGACUGCAUUUUCAACUUGCUUGCAAAGGUUGGGUUCAAGAUGCAGUUUAAGCCUCAGGGUUCGUUUUUUGUGUUUGCGCAGCUUCCUGAAAGCUGCCCUCUUUCUGAUGCUGAGUUUGUUGAGGAAUUAAUUAAGCAGGCAGGGGUAGUGGCGGUACCCGGUGCUGGUUUUUUCCACUCAAAACCAUCUGCAGAUUAUGCGUCUAGUCGAUAUAUCCGAUUUGCAUUCUGCAAAAGUGAAGACACACUAGCUGCCGCAUCAGUAAAAAUCAGUCGGCUUGUGGAUGCUUCAGGAAAUCUCAAGCUGUUUUAACUUGUUAGAAAAGUUUUUGAUUCUGAAAGAGAUUCUAUUGUAAGGUUGAGGUUGAUUGUCUCUCCGGGAGAAGGCAGUUUCGAAUACACAAAUUGUAUCAAUUUACAUCUAUAGGUUGUGAAAGUGCAGUAUUUCACCUGCAGAAGUGAUUUUUACGCUGACAAUAGAUAAUUUUAUUAGAUGUUUAGAAGCAUUUUGGUUUCUAGAAUAGAAGUGAAAAGCGAAAUAGUGAAAUGUGGAGGGUUUAUAGUAUGUAAGUUGAAGCAUUAAGGAGUAGGGAUUGGGAUAUG